AUGGAGCCACAGCCUAUAUCCACCGAAGAUGGCUCACAGGCCAGCCAAAUGCGCCAGCCCAAGAAGAGAUUUGUCGGCCGACGAGCGGCAGAUGCUCAAGCACAGAAGGAAUCGACCGGACAAAAAGAUGUAGAGUCUACAGCGGUCCAAACAGCCGCGCCCCGCAGAACUGCUCGCACGCUCAACCAAGUCCCGCCAGAGAUCCUGAACGACCCCGAGAUCAAAGAAGCCAUCGAGCUCCUGCCCAGCAACUACUCCUUCGAGAUCCCCAAAACAAUCCACAGAGUACGAACAUCAGGAGCCAAGCGCGUCGCCCUUCAAUUCCCUGAGGGUCUCCUAAUUUUCGCCACCACGAUCUCCGACAUCCUCACCCAAUUCUGCCCAGGCAUCGAAACCCUAAUCAUGGGCGACGUCACCUACGGCGCCUGCUGCAUCGACGACUACACAGCACGCGCCCUAGGCUGCGAUCUCCUCGUCCACUACGCUCACAGCUGCUUGAUCCCAGUUGACGUAACGAAGAUCAAAACCCUGUACAUCUUCCGAAACUUCAAACCAGGCCAAUCAAUCGCAACUGUCGGCACAAUCCAAUUUAACGCUACUCUCCACGGCCUGAAGCCUGUCCUUGAACGCGCCGGCUUCCGCGUCAUCAUCCCACAGAUCACCCCGCUCUCCAAAGGCGAGAUCCUAGGCUGCACUUCGCCCCAGCUCUCAGAUACCGAAAUCGACGCCAUUCUCUACCUCGGAGACGGCCGCUUCCAUCUCGAAUCCGCUAUGAUUCAUAACCCCUCUAUCCCGGCUUAUAGAUAUGAUCCGUACUCUCGCACACUCACGCGUGAAAGCUACGAGCACGAGGAAAUGCACACGAUUCGCCGUGAUGCCAUUGCUACUGCGAAGUCGGCGCGGAAGUGGGGUAUCAUUCUUGGUUCGUUGGGUCGGCAAGGUAACCCACACACCAUGUCGAUGAUUGAGAAGCACCUGCGUGAGCGCGGAAUCCCAGUUGUCAAUUUGCUUCUUAGUGAGAUUUUCCCAGGGAAGCUUGCUUCGAUGGCGGAUGUCGAGUGUUGGGUGCAGAUUGCUUGUCCGCGUUUGAGUAUUGAUUGGGGAUAUGCGUUCUCGCGGCCUUUGUUGACGCCGUAUGAGGCGCUGAUUGCGUUGGGUGUGAGGGAGAAUUGGGAUACUGGGAAUAAGGGUGUUUAUCCAAUGGAUUUCUAUGCGAAGGAGGGUCUUGGUCGGACAAAGCCGCAGAUUGCAUAG